AUGCAGAUAUUUGUGAAGACAUUGACCGGGAAGACCAUUACACUUGAUGUGGAGAGUAGCGAUACCAUUGAGAAUGUGAAGGCGAAAAUUCAAGACAAGGAGGGUAUUCCACCGGACCAACAGCGACUGAUAUUCGCGGGGAAACAGUUGGAGGAUGGCCGAACCCUGUCUGAUUAUAACAUCCAGAAAGAGUCCACGCUUCACCUGGUGCUGCGUUUGCGAGGUGGUAUGCAGAUAUUUGAUGGCCGAACUCUGUCUGAUUAUAACAUCCAGAAAGAGUCCACGCUUCACCUGGUGCUGCGUUUGCGAGGUGGUAUGCAGAUAUUUGUGAAAACCUUGACGGGUAAGACCAUUACGCUUGAUGUGGAGAGUAGCGAUACCAUUGAGAAUGUGAAGGCGAAAAUUCAAGACAAGGAGGGUAUUCCACCGGACCAACAGCGACUGAUAUUCGCGGGGAAACAGUUGGAGGAUGGCCGAACCCUGUCUGAUUAUAACAUCCAGAAAGAGUCCACGCUUCACCUGGUGCUGCGUUUGCGAGGUGGUAUGCAGAUAUUUGUGAAAACGUUGACGGGUAAGACCAUUACGCUUGAUGUGGAGAGUAGCGAUACCAUUGAGAAUGUGAAGGCGAAAAUUCAAGACAAGGAGGGUAUUCCACCGGACCAGCAGCGACUGAUAUUCGCGGGGAAACAGUUGGAGGAUGGCCGAACCCUGUCUGAUUAUAACAUCCAGAAAGAGUCCACGCUUCACCUGGUGCUGCGUUUGCGAGGUGGUAUGCAGAUAUUUGUGAAAACGUUGACGGGUAAGACCAUUACGCUUGAUGUGGAGAGUAGCGAUACCAUUGAGAAUGUGAAGGCGAAAAUUCAAGACAAGGAGGGUAUUCCACCGGACCAACAGCGACUGAUAUUCGCGGGGAAACAGUUGGAGGAUGGUCGCACCCUAUCUGACUACAAUAUCCAAAAGGAGUCAACUCUGCACUUGGUUCUCCGCUUGCGUGGUGGUUAG